AUGACAGGGCGGGAUGCGGGCGGUAAUGAAGCACAACCGGGCACCGGUUCUGCCCGCGGGUACGUGCGCUGUGACGCAUCCACAGACAGACCGAGUCAUCACGUGAAAGAGGCCCACGUGCUGAGGGAGACUGAGCAGAACCAUCACAGGAGGCGGUGUGAGGCGUUUCCUGGACCCUCACACUGCGAGCUGAGGGUUUUUGGCUCUGCUCACAGCACCACCCUGCAGACGGAUGAUGGCGACAUCCUGAUCGACUAUUCCAAGAACCUGAUCAACCAGGACGUCUUGGCCAUGCUGCUGGCGCUGGCCAAGUCUCGGGGGCUGGAGGAGGCGCGGGAGAGGAUGUUUUCUGGAGACAAGAUCAACUUUACCGAGGGCCGGGCUGUGCUGCACGUCGCUCUGAGGAACCGCUCCAACACGCCGACCCUCGUCGACAGCAAAGACGUGAUGCCCGAGGUCAACAGGGUGCUCGACAAGAUGAAGGCGUUCUGCCAGGUGAGUGCGUGUCUGAGCGACAACCAUUUCCGCAGUGCCCCCCUGGAGCAGAACGCCCCCGUGCUACUCGCCAUGCUCGGCGUCUGGUACAUCAACUUCUUCCAGGCAGAGACCCACGCCAUGCUGCCCUACGACCAGUACAUGCACCGCUUCGCCGCCUACUUCCAGCAGGGCGACAUGGAGUCCAAUGGGAAGUACAUCACCAAAGAUGGCGCCCGCGUCAACUACCACACUGGACCAAUCGUGUGGGGCGAGCCGGGGACCAAUGGGCAGCACGCCUUCUACCAGCUCAUCCACCAAGGCACUCGUAUGAUUCCUGCUGACUUCCUCAUUCCUGCUCAGUCUCAGCAUCCAAUCAGAAACAACCUCCACCACAAGAUCCUGGUGGCAAACUUCCUGGCUCAGACCGAAGCGCUGAUGAAGGGAAAGACUCCGGACGAGGCCCGGAAAGAGCUGGAGGCCGCCGGCAUGUCGGGAGACGCUCUGGAGAAGCUGCUGCCGCACAAGGUGUUUCUGGGGAACAAGCCGAGCAACUCGAUCGUUUUCCAGAAGCUCACCCCGUUCAUACUGGGGGCUCUGGUCGCCAUGUACGAGCACAAGAUUUUCGUCCAGGGCGUCAUGUGGGACAUCAACAGCUACGACCAGUGGGGGGUGGAGCUCGGGAAGCAGCUCGCCAAGAAGAUCGAGCCGGAGCUGAAGGACGACUCGAAGGUGACCUCCCACGACUCGUCCACCAACGGCCUCAUCAACUUCCUGAAGAAGAACUUCGCCUGAACGUCGAGCCCGCGUUAGCCAACCUCAUCCUCCAUCCUGAUUGGUUGAAUGAUGUUUGUCUUGUCGUACGCUGUGAGCACUUCCUGUCUGUGAUCUGUGUGCUAAGAGUCUUCACGUGUAGGCGAAUCCUGAAAACGUACACGUUUGUGUAGGUGACCAUGCCCAGUCAACUGUGACUUUCAAAAUAAAAGCCUGUUUGUCGCCAA